CGGGGAAAGGAGGAGGCGCCGUUGCCGGGAAACAGCGUACACACUGCGGGCCGGAGGGACGGAGGUUGGGGCAGCUCCGGGCCGGCUCAGUCCGGCUGCCUCUCUCUCUCUCCGGGGUCCGCCUUGCGCCGAGCGGGGGUCCAGCAGCUCUCCCUGCCGUCCGCUCCCAGCCCCAGGUCGGUGCUCCGGGAUCCCAGCCCCGUCUCCCGCAGGAUCCAUCCCUUCUCCGCCUCUUCAGUGGCUGGGGAUGAGACCUUUAAGUGCUGGGGAUCCCAUACCCCGUCGGGGAUCGCUUUUCUGAAUGGCUCCCUUUCUCCUUCCAAGAUCUCCCCACCCCACCCACGCUGGAUCUCCUGGGAUCUGUCCUCUGCUGGUUGGAAAGGCGGUGGGGUGCCCUCGUCCGUCGCCCCGUGUCUGGCUGGGAUGAGUGGCAGAGUAUUGGGGGAGAAACUGGGGGGUGGAUUCGAGGCAGCUGUGUUGCCAGGGGUUCUUUAGCCGAGAUUCCUGCCUGGCGCGUAGGGUGUGUGUGUGUGGACUAGAUCAGGCACCCCCAAACUCGGCCCCUCCAGCUGUUUGGGGACUACAAUUCCCAUCAUCCCUGACCACUGGUCCUUUUAGCUGGGGAUGAUGGGAGUUGUAGUCCCAAAACAGCUGGAGAGCCGAGUUUGGGGGUGCCUGGACUAGAUGGUUCUUGGGUCUCUUCCAACUCCACGAUUCCCUGAUUCUAGCGAUUCAUCGGAGGUUUUCCAGCAGAGGCUGGGGUUUUUAAGCUGUCAUUCCCGCAUUGCAAAGAGCUUAGGGUCCCUUCCGACGUUACAGUUCUUCGUUUCCUUGCGAUGACUCUCCCUUGCAGGGACUCCCUCGCCUGGACCGUCCACGGAAGGGACUCAUCCAAACCGCUAGGCGAGUCUAGCUCAGCCUGCCCCGGCGCCACCUGAAGACCUGGCCAGGUGAUCCUCCAAUAGCCUCAAGAGAUCAGGUGAGGGGUCAUUCCAAAACACCGCCUUAGAACUAAAUUGCAAUAAGAUCUAUCUGCGCUACAUAGGGGUCUGUCAUGUUCCCUGCCCCUCUCUCUAGCCCUGAUUCCUGCAUUACAGGGUGGGAGGUGUGUGUGGACAGUUGGGUUCCUUAUAACUAGUGCUUUUUUCCUGGGGGUACGCAGGGGUACGCAUACCCCCCUAAAUAAUUUGCAAAUCUAAGUUUGGCCUCAUUAAGGGGCAGCGUUUCAAUAGGAGUAGGAAAAUGAGAGCAACCCUAAACAUUUGUUUAGAGAGAGAAAAAAACACUGCUUAUAACUACUAUGCUCUCCCUCUCAUUGAAAUAUUUCCCUCUCUCUCGCACAUGCAUGAAGAAGAUUAGGAGUUUCUCGUGGCCUCAGGCAACCCCAUCUCAAACAGGAACCUGGUGCCCUCCAUUUUUAAAUUUAUUUCUUACAGCUCUUUUUUUUGUGCUCCAGCUUCCAGAGCUAGGCUGGCUGGGUCUCUCUUUCUCUGUGUGUGAUGAAUUAAAAUAAGAUAGCACAAAAUACUUUGAAGCAACAGAAAACCCAAGGACUUAAAAAUGUGAAAUACCAUAUUUUUUGCUCUAUAAGACUACUUUUUCCCUCCUAAAAAGUAAGGGGAAAUGUGUGUGCAUCUUAUGGAGCGAAUGCAGGCUGCACAGCUAUCCCAGAAGCCAGAACAGCAAGAGGUAUUGCUGCUUUCACUGCGCAGGGAUCCCUCUUGCUGUCCUGGCUUCUGAGAUUCAGAAUAUUUUUUUUCUUGUUUUCCGCCUCCAAAAACUAGGUGCGUCUUGUAGUCUGGUGUGUCUUAUAGAGCGAAAAAUACGGUAAUUGUUUUAAUAAUCGGACUUGCCAUUAUUAUUAUUAUUAUUAUUAUUAGCAUUACCAGAUAGGAUCCUGGGGAUUCCUCAUUGCCUGGUAUCCAAACAACUCACUCGUCCAGGACAGAUCUGACUUUGGCUAAAAAAAAAAACUAAUUUAGAGGCAGGAGAAGCCAAGCUGCGUCACCUCUCGCUUACUAUGCAUUUUGCGUCAUAACCCUCCUUCCAGGAGGGCUAGAGACUGCCUUUUUCUUUUAUUAAAAAAAAAUAGAUUCCUGCAUUUCUGGGCGGGUUAGACCGAAUGGCUUUCGUGGCCCCUUCCAACUCUACUGCCCUGUGAUUCCAGGAAGUUUUAAAGGGCAGGGGUUGGGUGGUCAUCUGCCAGGCAUUCUUUAGCUGUGUAUGUGGGUGCUUUUGUGCAAAGAAGGGCACUGCCGCAGCUGCUGCCAGCGCAUGGUCAAUCUCUGUUUUGCUGUCCCCGCUGGCAUGGCAACUGGGCCAGAGAGAGGAGGGAGAGAGAGAGAGAGAGAGAGAGACCCAGACAAUGGCGUGUGUUUGCUGGUUUUGUUUGGAAACCAUGUGGGAGACUAACCUGGCAGGCACAGAGAAAGAAGCAAAUACAAAGCGCAUUAAGGAAUAUGAUUAUGGCACAGGCUUCUGUCCACUUCAUCAGAUGCCUGGAAUUAUCUUAGGGUCCCGGGCCCUAAGGAAGUCAGAUUAUCCUCCACCAGGGCCAGGGCCUUCUCAGUGAUGGCUCCGACCUGGUGGAAUGCUCUGUGCCAUGAGACCAGGGCCCUCCUUCCGCUGGGCCUCUGUGACAGAUCUAUUCCACCUGGUUUUCAACUUGAACUUAGCCUGAUCUUUUAUUCCUCUUCCUUCCCUCCCUCUCUCCUUCUUAUGAAGAUUACCUGCUCUGGGAUCCCACAGCUAAUUCUCCCCUGGUCUCCUCGCUGGCCCAAAUAGGACUAAUUUAGCCAGCUAGCCCUGGUGAUCAUCUAAUGUUUACUGGAUGGAUUCCCCCCUAAAUUGAUUUUUGAAUUCUGAAUUUAUUGUUAUUCACGUUUUAUACUGUAUUUUAUGCUGUUUUUUGUUGCAUCAAUUGUUUUAAAUUUGUUGUUAGCUGCCCUGAGCCCGGUUUUCUGAACCGAGAAGGGCGGGGUAUAAAUAAAAAUUUAUUAUUAUUAUUAUUAUUAUUAUUAUUAUUAUGCAUGCAUAGAAUUGUAGAGUUGGAAGGGACCCGCUGGGUCAUCUAGUCCAACCCUCUUCAAUGCAGGAAUCUCAGCUAAAGCAUUCAGGACAGAUGGCAUUUGUGUGUGUUUUAUUAUCUGUAGUGGGAAAUUGUCGCCUGCUCCAGGACUGCUUCUGGGUCACAGCCUGACCUGACCCCGCAACUAAGAGGGAAGGGAGCUGCAAGGGAACUGUGAGUGUCAAUGACUAUCAGACUUUGAACAGCUGGAGCCAACUCACCAGAUUUGUUGCAUUAAUUAAACUAAAUAGUUGGAUUUUGCAGCGUUGUUUGUUGGCAUCCAUAUUUCUCGGGAGGCAACAGACGAGUUUGCCUUUGGGGGGGUGAAGUCAAACUGAUAGAAGUUUGUAGAGACCAAUGUGGGAGAGACAUGUUUUGUUGCAGCUAGGGCAGAGGAAGGUGUCUGAUGUACAGCUGUGGAUGCACCAUUACAUUUCUUAUCUUUGCGCUCCUGCCAGCAGUCAUUCCUCCCCUGGUCACUGCUGUGGAUGCAUGACUUUGUGGGAAUGUUGUGAGUAACAGGAGAGGAUAUAUUGAUUAGUAUUAUUUUUCCUAACUCAUGCUAGCAAGGUUCUUCACUUAGCAGAGUGCAUUCCCCUAUUAUAUAGCAGGAAGAAGAAGAAGAAGAAGAAGAAGAAGGAGGAGGAGGAGGAGGAGGAGGAGGAGGAAGAGGAAGAGGAGUUUGGAUUUGAUAUCUCGCUUUAUCACUACCCAAAGGAGUCUCAAAGCAGCUCACAAUCUCCUUUCCCUUCCUCUCCCAAGACCAGAACAUGUCGACAGAUGUUUGGGUGGGGUCCUGGCGCCCCCACCGGCCCAGAGGGCCAAUUGCUGCCCUCUACAGCAGCCCCGGGCCCAAAUAUGCUCUCCCAUCAAACGUAGGUGAGUGAAUUUGGGGUGGGGACAAAGUCCAGCUUUCAAACCCUAGAAUGGGCUAAACAGGAGCAGUCUACCCAGCACAGAAACGACUUGUGAAACUCCUUGCCACUAGAUGUUGCAGCGGGCAUGGGAAUAAAAGACUGAAAAAGGACAGGAGGUGUCAGCUCAGGAGGGAAAUGUCAACCACUUGCAGAAAACAAAAACCAGUUCUCCAAGACAGUGUCGCUCUUGGGACAAGCAAGAGGGGACGGCCAGUUGUCAUUUCUCUCUCUGCUUUUGAGCUUUGCUGUGAUUGCUCACAGGAUUUUAAAAACUGAUUCUUGAAAAGGGGUGGUUGGGAAGAAACUGUACCAAAAUGAUAUUUUACACUAAAAAUUUCCUUCCCCUGUAUAUUUUCGUUAGGGAGAAUGCAUAAAAAUAUUUCUCAUGCAAUAUCUCGUAUCAAACUAAUUUUUUUUUGAAUCGACUAAAUGAUUUCAAUUCGAUUUCGAGCAAAUGUGCAAUUAAUUGUUACUGUUUUGAAUUUUGUUGGGUUCUUAGCUUCCCUAGCGGGUGAUGAAAGCCGCUAUUCUGCAGAAUGUAUUUAUAAUAAUAGUAGUAGUAAUAAUAAUAAUAAUAAUAAUUUUAUUAUUUGUAUCCCGCCCAUCUGGCUGCUUCCAACAAAACAUUAAAAUACAGUAAUGCAUCAAACAUUAAAAGCUUCCCUAAGUAGGACUGCCUUCAGAUGUCUUCUAAAAGCCUGGUAGUUGUUGUUCUCUUUGACAUCUGGUGGGAGGGCGUUCCACAGGGCGGGCACCACUACCAAGAAGGCCCUCUGCCUGGUUCCCUGUAGCUUUGCUUCAGAAGGCCCUCGGUGCUGGACCUUAGUGUCCCGGCUGAACAAUGGUGGUGGAGAUGCUCCUUCAGGUCUACUGGACCGAGGCCGUUUAGGGCUUUAAAGGUCAGCACCAACACUUUGAAUUGUGCUUGGAAACAUACUGGGAGCCAAUGUAGGUAUUUCAAGACUGGUGUUAUGUGGUCUCGGCGGCCACUCCCAGUCUAGGAUUAGGUGCAGUUUCCGGGUCACCCUGGGGCCCUGGGGUGUGUUUAUGGAACCUAGUGGGCAGUGGCCCCAAAAUGUUUGGCAACCACUGGGGUAGAGCAUCACCCACCCACCCCCGCCAUGUCUCUCUGGCCCAACGUCUAACCUUCCUUCCCUGCUGCUGUUUCUCCUUGCAGGCUACCAACUGCAUGAUCCUUCUCGCACCCGGGCCCCGGCCUACAGCUUUGGCACUCGCCACUCCCAGGACCAAGAGAACUGCUCCCCCGGCCCGGGCUACCUCAUCCCAACCAACAUGACCAUGAGGGGCAGGGCUGGGAUUCCUGCUUAUUCCAUCUACGGACGCCCCAAGGACGUGCCGCCUUUUAGGACCCCGGGGCCAGGUCUGUCUUGAAAUCUGGGCCUGGGGCACCCCAUUUGUGCUGGUCCUGGGGGGGGGUUACCGUGCGGUGUGGUCUAAGUCUGGUCCUAGGUCGAGGGUAUGGAGGCUGUCUGUCAGGGGCGAAGCGAGGUCCAAAGCGAGGAGUCGGGUGUGGUCAGGAACUCUGGCAGGAGAGCAGGUCAGGGUACCAGCAGGAACAGGUUACCAACGAUGUUGCUCCCGCAACCUGGGACUGGGCUGGCUGGCCUUUAUCUCCUCUGAGGCAUAGGGUGGCCCCGGUCCACAGGUGACUCGCCUCUCCUGGCCUGAAGGUGAGCACUCCUCCUGCAGGAACUUAGUUCCCUCCGCCUCUCUGCCCUGAGCCUCUGCAGCUCAGGAGAGGCUGGAGGGUUACUGGACCCAGAGGCAACCUCACCUUCCCCUGACGGGGCUGACAGUGGAGCACCUGCAGGCAAUGGGUCCUCCAUCACCUCCGGAGCCAGAGCGAAUUCAGCUGGUGUCUGCUCCUGAGGAUCUGGCACAGGUGAAGGCCCUUCAGGUUCAAGCCCCAGCCCCGGCUCAGCUGGUUCUGGAGGCGGGGACUCCUGUGCAGGCUGGGAUUCCUCAGGUUCAGCCUCUGAAUCCGAUUCCCAGGCCAUCACACCAUUGUAGGAAUAACGAGGACCACGGGAGGUUGAAUGCAAGUGAGCUGUGCAGAAGCACUCUGGCAAGCAUGCUCCAAGCAAGCCGCCGACUAGCACUGAAGAGGCUCCUUUUAUUAGCAGAAGUCAACAAUUGGAAACAGUAGUGAGACAGGGGGUUCAAUGGGGGUUAGAGUUAGCGAAGAGGCACUUCCCAAGCUGGUCACCCCAUUUUUCUUUUGGGAAGAAAGGGAGCAGCCGCAAGACCAAAACUCCCUUUCUAACCCUUGAAGCUGUCCCAGAAACUCCAGCGGGUACAGAAUGCUGCAGCGAGGCUCCUCACGGGGUCUCUGCCAUGGGAGCAUAUUCACCCAGUGUUUUUCCAGUUGCACUGGCUCCCGGUGGAGUACAGGGUCAGGUUUAAGGUGCUGGUUUUGACCUUUAAAGCCCUUCACGGCCUAGGACCCUCGUACCUACAGGACCGCCUCUCCCAGUAUGCCCCACAGAGAGCCUCAAGGUCCAUAAAUAGCAACACCCUAGUGGUCCCGGGCCCUAAGGAAGUUAGAUUAGUGUCAACCAGAGCCAGGGCCUUUUCAACACUGGCUCCGGCCUGGUGGAACGCUCUGCCUCAUGAGACCAGGGCCCUGCAGGAUCUGAUUUCUUUCCGCAGGGCCUGUAAGACAGAGGUGUUCCGCCUGGGCUUUGGCUUGGAGCCAGUUUGAUUCCCUCCCUCUUUCUUUUUUCUUUUCCUUCUCCUCCUGUGAUGAGGCUACAUUUUAAUAUUUUAAUGUUUCAUUAUUUUAAUGUUGUAUUUUAAUUUUGUUUUUAAGUUGUAAUCAUUCAACUUGUUUUUAUUAUUCCUUGUAAGCCGCCCUGAGCCCGGCCUUGGCUGGGGAGGGCGGGGUAUAAAUUAUUAUUAUUAUUAUUAUUAUUAUUAUUAUUAUUAUUAUUAACAACUCAGCAGUAUUCCAGUGUUCUUCCAUUGGGGAAGGUGGAGCAAACUUGCUUUUCUGCAGCUCUGGAGGAGAUGGAAUCAAGUUACAAGAAGGGAGAUUGUGACUGAGCCUUAGGAAUAACUUCCUGGUGGUAAAGAACUGUUCAUCAAUGGAACGGAUUCCUUCAGAAGGUGGUGGACUCUCCAUCGGAGGUUUUUAACAGGGGUUCAUACGGAGAAUCAUAGAGUUAAGGAGCUGGAAGGGACUGCUGAAUGUCAACCCUUCUCUGUGCCCUUCUGCAUCCUGAUCAGAUUGUGGCUCUCUGCUUCCAACAGGCUGCUAUUCUCCGGAGAAAGCUGGGAGAUGGGCUUACCGCUCUGCCCCCAUGUACUCCCUUGCCUACCGGACGAAGGAAUUCCAGAACGACCAGACACCAGGUGAGAGAGUGGACGCCAGGUGGGAAGGGUGUUUGCAGACAAAGGUAAAAAUGACAUUUAUUGGUUAUAAGAAAAAAACCAAACCUGCUCCUUUUCCCUUAUGGGGUAUCCAAGAGCCUGUAUAGAGUCCUUAAGUGGGUUCCCUAUCAGUAGGAGAAAAUAACAGAGGCCAACCAGAGAAUAUUGAGAAGCAAAGUGGCUAGUAAGCCUGAUCUUUAUUCAAGGAACUGUUGCAACAGGGUCCCCACUCACCACACACAGUAGGAAGGAGAAUCCCGAAUAAUGGUGUGCAAGCCCUUAUAUAGACUUUUGAAACUGCCCACCCUGUAGCCCAAGACCACCCCCAGAAACAUCAUCCAUACAUCACAGAAGGAUGCGGUCUACAGCAGAAAUCCUGUUUGCCAGGAUAUCUGUUAAUGGUUACUGACUGCAUUACCUGGGGAGUCUGGCCAUUCUUUUGUGAUGGUAAAUACUUUAGUUCCUGAAUCCAGGUCACAGGCUCGCCUUAUUCAUACACAAAUGCACCCUUAAGACAGGUAAGCAAAAGACUUUUCCCAUUUCCUCCCUCCUUUCAGAGAAAUAUUUGAGGUCAAUUUGGGAGAGUCAAAAUGGCUUCAGUAUUGCUCUCCUGUACUAUUUCAGAUACAUGGUUUAUAUACAGUGGUACCUUAGUUUACGAACUUCAUCCGUUCCAGAAGUCCAUUCUUAAACCAAAGUGUUAAACCAAGACGUGCUUUCCCAUAGCAGCGGGGGACUCAAUUUACAAAUGGAACACACUCAACCUGUUCUGCUUCCAAGGCAAAGUUCACAAACCCAAACAACUACUUCCGGGUUUGCAGCGUUCUUAAUCCAAGUUGUUCAUAAACUAAGCUGCUCUUAAACCAAGGCACCAGUGUACUUACAUCUGUGUUUGCCUUGUACAUUUAUGAACAUUUAAUUUAUAUUUGAGACCUUAGAAUUCUUAUAACAUCGCUUUGGCCUGAGUGACAUGGACCCAGUGGAGGACUAUGGCCUCUCAAAUUUCAGUGGUGUCCUGUGCAGUGUGAAAAUUCAGUGCCCCCCUCGGCUUUCGCUCUCCGUUCUAUAGCAUUAUGGUGGCGCCCCCAGCAGUGCGGCGCCCAGUGCUGUCAAACCGGCCGCGCUACCCUUAAAAUACCUCUGUUGGACUUGGACUGGUGGUUUGGCUCUGUAUGGGGUAGUUUCAUACGUCUCUAUUUUGGAAAGGCCAUUGCAGCUCAGCAAUAGGUUUGCUUUGAGUGCAGAAGGUUCCAGGUUCUCACACGCUUCUAUACGUUCCCAUAUGCCCCACUGAAUCACUUCUCUCCACUUCCUGCCCCCCACCUCUAGGGCCUGCAGCCUACUGGCUCCCUCCCAUGCUGGGGCCCAAUGUGGUUGGCAAGACCUCUGCUCCCAAUUUCUCCAUUUAUGGGCGCAAGUCAAUCGGCAGCUUCUAUGAGGACCUCAGCAAGGUGAGUAGCAGAACGGACAGGUUUUGAAGACCGUGGAGUGAGAGAUUUACGAAAUCCUCUUCCCCCUUGCCGGUGACCUUGAAAUUGUCUGAUGAACGCACAACCAAGAAAUCCAGGGUAGUUAUUUUAAUUUAAUAAUAAUAAUAAUAAUAAUAAUAAUAAUAAUAAUAAUAAAUUAUUUCUACCCUGCCCAUCUGGCUGGGAUUCCCCAGCCACUCUGGGCGGCUUCCAACAAAGAUGAAAAAUACAUUAAAAUGUCACACAUUAAAAACUUCCCUGAACAGGGCUGCCUUUAGAUGUCUUCUGAAUGUCAGGUAGUUGUUUAUCUUUUUGACAUCUGAUGGGAGGGCGUUCCACAGAGCGGGUGCCACUACCGAGAAGGCCCUGUGCCUGGUUCCCUGUAACUUGGCUUCUCACAAUGAGGGAACUGCCAGAAGGCCCUCGGCGCUGGACCUCAGUGUCCGGGCAGAACGAUGGGGGUGGAGACGCUCCUUCAGGUAUGGUGGGGUGGUGCAUUGAUCUGGUUCUUAAACAAAAGAGUAACAAUAUUUUCAAAUAGGAGAUUAUUUUCAAACACUUAAGUCAGAGGUCAGCAACCUAAGGCCCAUGGGCCAGAAGUGGCCCAUGAGGGUCGCUUAAUCAGCCCAUGAGCCGGCCCCAAACCAUGCUGCCUGCUUGGCCAAUCCCCACGUGCUGCGCUAAACCAGCAAAGCGCAGCGUGGGGACUCUCUUCUGUGGCUCUGGAAAUCGCUUCUUCGCAUGCUCAGAUGCUGGAAAUUGCCUCUGCACAUGCCCAGAUGCUGGAAAUUGCUUCUGCCCAGGUGCGGUUUUUGGCAUCUGGGCAUGCGCAGAAGUGAUUUCCAGUGCCGUGAUGUGCCAGCCUAGCUCACGGAGGAUCUCUGCAGGAGUGAUCCGCCCCAUGCCCGGUAAAGGUAAAGGGACCCCUGACCAUUAGGUCCAGUCAUGGCCAACUCUGGGGUUGCGGCACUCAUCUUGUUUACUGGCCGAGGGAGCCGGCAUACAGCUUCCGGGUCAUGUGGCGAGCAUGACUAAGCCGCUUCUGGCGAACCAGAGCAGCACACGGAAAUGCUGUUUACCUUCCCACCAGAGCGGUACCUAUUUAUCUACUUGCACUGGUGUGCUUUCGAACUGCUGGGUUGGCAGGAGCAGGGACCAAGCAACGGGAGCUCACCCCGUCAUCGUGGGGAUUUGAACCGCCGACCUGCUGAUCGGCAAGUCCUAGGCUCUGUGGUUUAACCCACAGCGCCACCCUCUUUGCCAACCCCUGACUUAAGUCUUCACCUGUCGCUGAUGAUUGUAAAGUCUAGUCUCAGCACCUCUGCUACGUUUAAUAAAGAUCCUAAGGGUUUUUUUUGCUUUAGUUUCCAAAACCUACGAUCCAAACUACUUAGCAGUUCAUAACUGGGUAACUCCCCUAUAAGCUGUUCAGCUUCUGCCUCUCUCUGUGCUUCUCAACAUGCUGUGGACAAGGGGCAGGUGACUCAUCCCCCUCCAGCUCUCCAUCGGAGAGAAGCUGGUCAUCUGUAAUAAACAAAAAUAUGCCCUUAUUCCCUUAUGGGGGAAUUCCCUUAUUCCCUUAUAGAGUCCUUUGUAGGUUCUCCAUCUGUCAGAGAAAAUAACAGAGGCCAACCAGAGAAUAUUGAGAAGUAAAGCAGCUAGUAAGCCUGAUCUUUAUGCGCCCCCUUCACACGCAGGAAAGGAGGAGGACCCUGAACAAAGGUGGGCCCCCCCUUAUAUAGACAUUUUAAAUUGCAAGCCCUGGAGUCCAAGACCACCCCCAGAAACAUCAUACAUACAUACAUCACAGAAGGGGUGUAGCUUAAGACCAUUCCCCAAACAUAUCAUACCUACAUCACAAAAAGGGUGGUCUACAACAGAAAUCUGAGCGCAUUGUUUAUCUCCUGUCUGGCAGGCUACCUAUUAAUGGUCACUUGAUUGGAUACGCUGGGGAGCCUGGCCAGUCUUUUGUAAUGAUAAAUACUUAGUUCCUGAGCCAGGUCACAGGCUCACCCUAUUCAUACACAGACAGACAUACCCUUAAGACAGGAUUUGUGAAGGAAAAGACAAUGGGGAGGCUUUUCCAUUUUCCUUGCAGAGAAAACAUUUGGUCAGUUUGGGAGUCAAAAUGGUUUCAGGGAUGUUUUCCUGUGCUGCUUCAGACAUGUGGUUUAUAUAUUUAUGUACGUGUUUGCUUGGUACAUUUAUGAAUAUUUAUUAUAUAUAAAGGUAAAGGUAAAGGGACCCCUGACCAUUAGGUCCAGUUGUGGCUGACUCUGGGGUUGCGGCGCUCAUCUCGCUUUAUUGGCUGAGGGAACCGGCGUACAGCUUCCGGGUCACAUGGCCAGCAUGACUAAGCCGCUUCUGGCGAACCAGAGCAGCACACAGAAACGCCAUUUACCUUCCCGUCGGAGCGGUACCUAUUUAUCUACUUGCACUUUGAUGUGCUUUCGAACUGCUAGGUUGGCAGGAGCAGGGACCGAGCAACGGGAGCUCACCGCAUCGCGGGGAUUUGAACCGCCGACCUUCUGAUCGGCAAGCCCUAGGCUCUGUGGUUUAACCCACAGCGCCACCCGCAUUCCUUUAUUAUAUAUAUAAGACCUUGAAUUUUUUAUUUCACUACCAUAGAAGGCAUUCCCCAGUCCUUGUCUCCAGACCAUUCCCUGACACCUAGUGAUCCUUUCCCCCCUCCUUGCACGACAGACACCAGGGCCCUGCAACUACCGCCUGGUGGAUCCCAGCGUCUACAAGAAACGGCCACCGCACUUCAGCAUGCUGGCCCGCAACAUGCCCCCAGGAGACAACACUUUGAAGCCGGGUCCAGGAGCCUACAGCCCCGAGAAGGUGACGGCAGGUGGCAGCAGAAGGCAUUAUGGGGUUGGGGGGGGACUGUCCUGCAGCAAAGAUAAUAAUAAUAAUAAUAAUAAUAAUAAUAAUAAUAAUAUUUUAUUUAUAUCCCGCCCUCCCCAGCCGAAGCUGGGCUCAGAGCAGCUAACAACAGUAAAAAUAACACAGUUUACAUAAAACCACAAUCAAUUAAUUGAAAUACAGUCUAAAAUCAAUUCAUUCUAAAAGAGGGUUGGAGAAAUUCGUGGAGGGGGAGAGAGUUGUUGAUGGCUGCUAGCAAUGCUCUGCCUCCACAGUUUGAUGCCUAAGUUCUGCCUCUGAAUCCCCAGUUGCUGGAAAUCCUGGGAGAGGAGAGGACUCUCGUGACUGAAUCCUGCUUUUCUACAAUGGGCACUGGUUUGGCCACUGUGAGAACAGGAGCAGGGCUGGAUUUAGGUUUGAUGAGGCCCUAAGCUACUGGAGGUAAUGGGGCCCUAUAUAAUAAUAAUAAUAAUAAUAAUAAUAAUAAUAAUAAUAAUAAUUUUAUUGAUAUCCUGCCCUCCCCAGCCGAAGCCGGGCUCAGAGCGGCUAACAACAGUAAAAGUAACACAGUUUGCAUAAAAUCACAAUCAAUUAAUAGAAAUACAUUCUAAAAUCAAUUCAUUCUAAAAUCAAUUCAGAGUCAAAUUAAUGGCAACCAUUGGGCUAGAGUUCUUUGAGGAUUACCAAAGGAGGGGGUCAGACUGCGCCUUGGCCAAAGACCUGGCAGAGCAGCUCCGUCUUGCAGGCCCUGUGGAAAGAUGUCAAGUCCCGCAGGACCCUAGUCUCUUGGGACAGAGCGUUCCACCAGAUCGGGGCCACGGCCGAAAAAGCCCUGGCUCUGGUCAAGGCCAGCCUAGCCUCCCUGUGGACCGGGACCUCCAAGAUGUUUUUGUUUGAAUAUUCAUUUAAGCAUUCCCAUUGUUUCUGAAUUAUAGUUUUGGAUUUAUGCCUUAUUAAGUCCAUCAAUUUUGCUAACUCCACGUAGUCACAUAGUUUACUUAACUAUUCCCCUUUCCAUGAUUCUAUGAUAUCCCACAUCCCUCCAACGAGCUCAAGGUGGCAUGCAUAGUUCUCCCCUUUUUUAAAUCUUCACAACAACCCUGCAAUGUAGGUGAGCCUGUAAAUAUGCUCUCACAGCCGUCUCCUGCCACUUCUGUUUGCGCAGUGUUAUUUACUCUGCUGAUUAGAGCAUGCUCCAGCUUCCGAAGGCUUCUGAAGCUGCGAGUCACUGUUUCAUGCUGAGCCAAGGACCGGAGAUCGCCCGGCUACCCUCAUCUCCGCCAAGCUAAGCAGUUGGCUCUUUACCUCUCCCGCCCUGACCUAGCCACUGUGAUCCACGCGGCAGUCACCUCCAGACUGGAUUAUUGUAACUCACUCUACGUGGGGCUGCCCUUGAGACUGAUCCAGAAACUCCAGCGGGUGCAGAAUGCUGCGGCGAGGCUCCUUACGGGGUCCUCUCUGUGGGAUCACAUUCACCCGGUGCUAUACCAGCUGCACUGGCUCCCGGUGGAGUACAGGAUCAGGUUUAAGGUGCUGGUUUUGACCUUUAAAGCCCUAUACGGUUAGGCUGGCCUCAACCAGAGCCAGGGCUUUUUUUGGCUGUGGCUCCAAUCUGGUGGAACGCUCUGUCACAAGAGACUAGGGCCCUGCAGGACUUGACAUCUUACCGCAGGGCCUGUAAGACAGAGCUGUUCCACCAGGCCUUUGGCCAGGGCACAGCCUGACCCCCUCCUUUGGCAAUCCUCACAGAACUCUAGCCCAAUGGUUGCCAUUAAUCUGAUUUGAACUGAUUUUAUAAUGAAAUGAUUUUAGAAUGUUGUAUCAUUUUAUUGUGGUUAGCCGCUCUGAGCCCGGCUUCGGCUGGGGAGGGUGGGAUAUAAAUAAAUUUAUUAUUAUUAUUAUUACUGGCCGGUGGGCUGGAUCCAGCUGGGUGCUUGUAAAUUGCCCCCUUUCCCUUGGAAGCAUCCCAACACUAACCACUGCACCAGCUUUCCAGCUACUCUCCAUUGUUCGGUGCCCCCACCCCUUCCUUUCCGCUGGCGGUGCCUAACCCUGUCCCUCCCUCUCUCCUUCCUCCUGCAGCACACCCCACAACGUGGCUUGACCUUCGGGAUCCGCCACUCGGACUACGUGGCUCCGCUCAUUGUGGACGUGGCAGAUUAAACUGGCUCCAUUGGUGAAGAUGGUCUGGACAAGAAAUAUUCCUUUGGAAACAUACGGAUCUCUCGGUGCUUUGUGUUGUCGCUGGAGAUUGGGGCCUGGGGAGGGAAGUGGGGUGGGCAGUAUCUGAGGCCUGGGAGGGUCCUCAGAGCUGGGGGGCCUGGGUUCAGCGAGGCUCAUAGCCUACCCUCUCAGUUCCUUUGGGAAACUGUUGCAGCUUUGAUUCUCCCUGUUCCCAGAUCCUUUGACUGCAUUGCUCUGAUCCAUUCACCCCUUGGUCACCCCAGUUUUCUCUAAGGAUGUGUGCGCUGAGGAAGGUCCAGGAAGGCUGUGCAGUGAGAUGGGGGCAGGAGGGAAAUAUCUUCCUAUUUGUACCUCACAGCUAUUACAGCAGAACCUCGGUUUUCAAAUGUAAUCCAUUCCAGAAGACCAUUCGACUUGCGAAAUGUUCGAAAACCAAGGAUCAAUGGGUGGUUCCAUUGAAAAAAUGGAAAAACACACACCGGAAGCCAUUUGACUUCCGAGGCAUGUUCAAAAACGGAAGCAAUCACUUAUGGGUUUUUGGCGUUCGGCUUCUGAGACGCUUGAAAACCAAGGUUCCACUGUACAGUCAUACCUCAUGUUACGUUUGCUUCAUGUUACGUCUUUUCAGGUUGUGUCCUGUGGCGACCCAGAAGUACCGGAAAGGGUUACUUCUGGGUUUUGCUGCUCGCGCAUGCGCACAAGCACCAAAUCAUGCCACGCACCUGCGCAGAUACGGCGUUUCAGGUUGCGGGCUUUUCAUGUUGCGAAAGCGAACGGGCCUCUGGAACAGAUCCCAUUCGCAACCAGAGGUACCACUGCAUCUCGGUUUUGUGUGCUUGAAUCCAAAUUCUGUGCCCAGAAAGGCUGAAUUCUGCAAUCUGUAUGAAUUACAUAGUUAGAAAACAUUACGCAUCUUCCCCAGUUUGCAUCCUCUGCUCUCCUUCCACCAGUCAAGGGAUCCCACCUCAGUUUUGUGCCAAACUGGCCUCUCCAGACUCCAUGCCUCCGAGGUAGACUCACAUCCCAGAAGUGAAAUGACCUUUCCUUGGCUCUGACUCCCUGCAUUCAUCACCUUAAGCCCAUUUGCCAGGUGCUAGCCCUGCAGACCUCUUCUUCCCAAGACUGUGCAAAGGUUGCUGCUUGUGUAGUCCCCGGUUCAUUGAUUAAAAAGAAACGGUGCCAACAAAAUACUUUGCAAGAUGAUUGGGAUGAUACAAA